UCCCUGUUCCCACAGUGGAACAGGGUCGAGUCCGGGGUUUGGAACACGGGUUAGCUGAGGAUACCGUCACAGCAGAAGAGCGCAAACAUGGUUGAGCAGUUUGUUGGGACGUGGAAGAUGGUCUCCAGCGAGAACUUUGACGACUACAUGAAGGCCAUAGGUGUGGGCUUUGCCACUCGGCAGGUGGGGAACCGGACCAAGCCCAAUCUGAUUGUGACCGUGGACGAGCAGGGGACGGUGUGCAUGAAGUCCCAGAGCACAUUCAAGACCACCGAGAUCAAAUUUAAGCUCAACGAACCAUUCGAAGAAACCACCGCAGACGACAGGAAGACCAGGACCGUGGUGUCCAUGGAAAACGGCAAACUAGUGCAGAAACAGAGCUGGGAUGGCAAAGAGACGAAUAUAGAGAGGGAGGUCACAGAUGGGAAACUAAUAGCGAAAUGCGUAAUGGGAGACGUGGUCGCAGUGAGGACGUACGUGAAGGAGGCGUGAUGGAUCUUCUUCGACUCCAGUGUUUUUUUGGAUGAUGCAUUGCUGAAUGACAGGCUCAGUUCAAUGAGCAUAACACAUAAUACCAAAAAAAGAGAAAAAACCGAAAAAAA